CUCUGAUAUGCCCAGAAGCCUUCCCCUUUGGUGGUUUGAUCCCACCCGCGCCAAGCAGCACACCAAGAAGGACGAUGGAAAUAGUAACAAUCCUCAAAUCUUUCACAGUCAUCUCGAAACUGAAGGACUGUUAACAUUGCUGUGUGGUAAGUUUAUUCCUUUUAAAUCAUUGCAUAACAUGAUAACUUUACUGUCAAAUUAAAAGCUUUUCCUUAAGAUAAAGUUAUAUUUUUACCAUAUACCUUCAACAGGACUUAAUUUACUUUUCUAUCGAUUUUUGACGCUUCAAAUUUAGACGUCCAAACGUCUGAAAUCUCAGUAACAGAACAGCGAAACCGCGUUGCGUAACGUGUCAGUACAGUUUAACGAAAUAACAGAACUUUUAGACCUUCUGUCACAGGAGAAGUGAAUGUCUUUAAUAGAGUAACCACUUCCUCACCGCUUCACUAUCUCACUGACACUUGACUUCUGUCCUUUUUUAACUUCUCAAUAGUUUUGGUGCUCUUCAAACCCAUGUUUACCAUACAGUUGUGUUUUCUCAGUGAGCUAAGCUCGCAUGGUUGUACGGAAUGCCAAACAGGCCAUAAUUCAGCUCCAUCUGUAGCAUAUAUAUUUUUUAGGUUACGCUUUGAAAAUUAGUUGACCUGCAUAAGAAAGAAGAUAUCUGCAAUAAAUAGGUUUAAUUUCUUGAUUUUCUUUACCACAUUGAUACCUUAAAAGCGUUGGAUAGUAAUACCGUUUUGUUACAACUGUUGUUCUUAAUUUUAGCCUGUUUUGUAGCUGUGGAAAUUCUGCUCACUGGAGCUUUAAUGACAAAUUUAGCUAUCUUUUUAAAUGUGACCUCUUGAUGGUGGAGUGAUUGCAAUGAAAUUCACUGCAGCAGAAACCAGAAAGGAAAAACAAGCCUAGUCCAAACCUAUCUCCAUAGCCAAGCACUAUUAGAUGUAUGGGAGGAAAAACAUGUUUUUUCUUAUAUCCAAGCAGUUUUCCAACAAUCACUAUAAUGUUUUUUUUUCUUUGGUGUGUGUGUAUGGGGUUCUUGAUGUAGAGAUUAAAACAAGGUACUUCUUGAUUAGUUUUCCUAAAUAUGUGAUUUUUAAACAUGUAGUUUAAUACAAAGGAUGUAAGAAGUUGAUUACUUAUAAUAAAUAUAUAAAAAUUCAAGGCAAAUAAUAUUUGAGCACUUGUAAAUUUUACUGCAGUCAUUUUAUAUACUACAAAGCCAUUUUAUGACAGGUGCAUCUGUCGAUAAUUUAUGCUUUGCUUUUACUUCCUCUUGAAAAAAAUCGGAGCACAGCUGCCUCUGCUUGGACUUCUAAAUGCAUCACCUCUUGCACACUGGACGACUUUCAUUGGGAAAUCAUCACCAGACAGUGGGUUUUUAAAAAAGCAGAAGUGUCAGCUUUUUAAAACUGUCCUCUUGGUUUAAUUGUUGUGACUUUUCUGGAUUACUUGCGUGAAAUUUUUUUUCCUUUCACUGGCCUGGCACAAGUGUUGCUCUAGCUUUUCCAAGAUGAUGAGAGCGGUGUGUGUUGACGUACCAGGAGGGCCAGAGAAUUUGCUGCUCAGAACCAUCCCUCGACCCAAACCUAAGGAUGGGGAAGUCCUGAUUAAAGUUCAUGCAACUGCCCUCAACAGGGCAGACUUACUGCAGGUUCGUUGUACGUUUUUUUAAAGCUUCAAUCUCCAGAAACACAAAUCUCAUUAGCUUGAAAUAUUAUUGGCCUGUACACUGCGUUUUCUAUGUAUCGCUCUUUUUCUUCUUUUUUUUUGCACAGAGACGGGGACUGUACCCUCCUCCCCCGGGUGAGAGUGACAUCAUAGGCCUGGAGGUGGCUGGCACAGUGGAUACUCUGGGUGCAGGGGUUAAAAGAAGCUGGAGGCCUGAUGACAGGGUCAUGGCCUUGCUUUGUGGAGGAGGAUAUUCAGAAUAUGUGUCAGUGCCGGAGGAGCUUGUCAUGCCUGUUCCCUCUAAUCUCACACUCAGCCAGGCUGCUGCGGUCCCAGAGGCCUGGCUCACUGCUUUUCAGCUGCUGGUUUUUGUUGGUACAGCAGCUAUGUUUUACUGUUAUGAUUUACACUGGUAUUAGUGAAGCAUUUUGUAAUGUUGGGCUAAAUAUGUUAUUAAAGCUACAAAAUUGUACUUAUUUUUAAAUGUUUAGUGCAGUAUGAUAUUUCAAUAUUGUUUGCUUUUGGUUGGCAUUAGAAAAUUUGUGUUUUCUACAAAAUUUGAUACAACAUUCAAGGUGAUUUAUAGUCAGCAUAAAACUCUGGAUCUACAUCUGUUCCCGUGCCUCAGCUCAGGUGAAGGAGGGGGAGGUGGUGCUGGUUCAUGCCGGAGCCAGCGGAGUGGGAACAGCCGCCGUUCAGCUGGUUCGUCUGUUUGGUGCUGUGCCUGUCGUCACUGCAGGGAGCUCAGAAAAACUGAAGAUAGCUGAGAAUCUGGGAGCGGCAGCUGGAUUUAACUACAAAGAAGAGAGAUUCUCGCAGGGGGUGCAAGACUUCACAGGAGGUGAGUUUUAAUGAAUGACAGAAUAUGUUAAAACACAACAAGACACGUUUUUUUUUUUGUUAUGUAAAAGAAAUGCAUUAAUGUUUUGCAAAGUCUUGAUAAUUUGCUAUGCAGUAUGUAGCUUACAGAGAAGAGAUGGGCUGCCCAGAGAGUAAGAGUUUGAGUAUCUGCACCUUUAAUUAUAUUGUUUACAGGCAAAGGCGCAAACAUCAUCCUGGACUGCAUUGGUGGGGCAAACUGGGAACAAAACGUGAGCUCCUUGGCCACUGAUGGCAGGUGGGUUCUGUAUGGCACCAUGGGUGGCCGGACAGUAGAUGGAGAGCUAUUGGGCAAACUGCUCUCUAAACGAGGGCAUCUACUCUGCAGCCUCCUCCGCUCUCGCAGCCUUCAGGUGAGGAUUCAGACCUAACAGAAAUUAUGUUUGCCUGACUGUGACUGAGUUUGAUGUUUGCUGUUCAUGUCUCUUUCACAGUACAAAGCAGAGCUUGUCCAGGCAUUCUCAAGCAGGGUGUUACCAUACUUCUCAGACCAACCAGCCUCUCUAAAGCCAGUGAUUGACAGCACAUUCAACCUGCAGGACAUUGCAGAGGCUCACAGGCACAUGGAGGCCAACAAGAACACGGGGAAGAUCGUAAUAAAUGUGGUUUCACAGAAUCAGGAAACUUAAUCAUGAACAGCUGCAUUAAAAAAGCGCUGUAGUAGAUAUAGUUUAUAAGUUGUAUCAAAUAAUCUUUUAAAUCUUGAUUUUUAAGACAUAAAUGUAUUUUACCUAUAAAACAGUUUUGAAUAUGCUUUGUUCACCAAUCGUCAAGGAUGAUCUUUUACCUCUGUAAUAACUUCUUAUAGUAAACACUGAUACAAGUUUAUCUACUGAUAUCAAUUAAGAUGCGUGAUUGUUUGCAAGUUCUCCCUGACACAAUUGCAAUAAAAUGUCAUUUCAUUGAAAAAUCGCUUUGUCUUUCAUUGCAUCAAAAUCGGAAAAACAUUUGCUGAAAUGUCCA